UUUGCCCUGGAAGAGGCUAACAGAGACCCCGCCUUUCUGCCCAAUGAAACAGUGGGACUCCAGCUCUAUGACUCCUGUGUCUCUGGCGCCAAGGCUCUGGAGAGCACUCUUGCCCUCCUGUCUGGACAGCUCCUCCCUAUACCCAACUUUGAUUGCCACUCCAAGAGCCAACUCCUAGGAAUCAUAGGGGGGAUGACUUCCCCAGAAUCGGAACCCAUGGCUGAGCUGCUCUCAAUCUACAAAGUCCCUCAGAUAAGUCAUGGAUCUCAACACCCCCAAUUUUCUGACCACCGCCGGUUCCCCUCCUUCCUCCGCACAGUCCCCAGCAGAGCCCACCAACCUCAGGCCAUGGCCAAAAUACUUCUCUACUUCAACUGGACCUGGGUGGGACUGGUGGGUUCAGAUAGUGGAACCUUUGAGUGGAUGGACCAGGAAUUCCAGAAGGAGGUUGGAAAGCAUGGAGGCUGUGUGAGCUUCUCUAAGAGGAUCAAUGGCCAUGUCAACAAUGUGGGUGAUGUGGCUGAUGCCAUCCAGACUUCCACUGCCAAGGUGAUUGUCUGUGAUUGUUACCACAUCCACUUCAUCAUCCUAGCCAAGGCCCUUCAGGAGAAGAAUAUUACCAACAGGAUAUGGGUUUUGUCCAGCUCCUUCCUUUUGAAUCCCUCAAUACUGAGCAGGGAAGCCAGGGACAUGCUAAAUGGGAGCCUGUCUCUGGGGAUACACUCAGGGCCAGUGCCUGGCCUCGAGCACUUCCUGUCCACCCUGUCCCCAGCAAUGUACCCAGACAACCACCUGAUAAAGCUGUUCUGGCAAGAGCUUUUGGGUUGCACCUGGCCUGGGCCAAAGCCUGUUCACCCUCAAGCAGGCCGUGUUGUCCAAAAUUGCACAGGGCUGGAACAACUGACACCCACCCAUCUGUCUGUCCUGAAACUGGAUGAUUUGACUGCUACAUACCAGAUCUACCUAGCAACCAAAGCCUUCCUGGUGGCCUAUCAGAACCUGAGGGCCAACCACCCUGGGGAAGGCCCACUUCCUGGUGGUACCUAUGCCAAGGCAGGAGAUGUCAGACCAUGGCAGGUCCUGCAGUAUUUAAGAAAUGUCCACUUCACUUCCCAAGCCCAGGAAGAGAUCUUCUUUACUAAGGAUGGAGAAGUCCAAGCAGUAUUCGACAUCAUAAGCAUAUAUCUUGCUCCUGACCACACCUGGCAAACAGCCAAAGUGGGACACUUGGACUUCAGAGAGCCUCUGGGGAAAGAGCUAGUGAUGAACAGCAGUGCUAUAGUCUGGGCAGAGGGCUCUGGAAAGGUCCCUCUCUCAGUCUGCAGCGAGAAAUGUCCUCUCGGAACCCGGAAGUCAAAUGUCCAGGGAAGGCCACGCUGUUGCUUUGAGUGUCUUUCCUGUCCCAGGGGAUCAAUUACCAACAUACUAGACAAGGUCAGUUGCCUGAAGUGUCCAGAGGACCAAUGGCCAAACAAUGAGAAGGUUCAGUGCAUCCCCAAGAUUCUUGACUUCCUCUCCUACAAGGAGCCCCUGGGCAUGGUGUUAGCCUGCUGCACAACCCUCUUCUUUCUUCUUGCACUGACCAUCCUUGGCAUCUUCAUCUGGCAUCACCACACUCCCAUUGUCAGAGCUAAUAACCACAGGCUAAGUUACCUCCUCCUCUGCUCCUUGGCACUAUGCUUCCUCUGCCCAUUCAUGUUCAUUGGUUUCCCAGUCCCUUUGACCUGUGCCCUGCGCCAGGCAACCUUUGGAAUUAUCUUCACAGUCUGUGUGUCCACCACUCUAGCCAAGACCAUCACUGUUGUGUCUGCCUUCAGGGCCACCAGACCAGAUACCAGACUCAGGAAGUGGGCUGGGCCAAGUCUCCCCAAUGCCCUCCUUGUUGGUUUCUCAUUGAUCCAGGUUAUUCUAUGUAUGUUCUGGAUCAUUGGAUGGCCUCCAGUGCCCAUGAACUCUACAGAGGCAGGGCCAAAGGUCAUCAUGAUGUGUGGUGCAGGCUCCUCAGAGCUAUUCUAUACCAUGCUGAGCUACUUGGGCUUCCUAGCUCUGGUCAGUCUGGUAGUGGCCUUCCUAGCCCGUCAAUUGCCUGACACCUUCAAUGAAGCCAAGCAUAUCACUCUCAGCAUGUUGGUCUUCUCCUGUGUUUGGAUCUCCUUCAUCCCAGCCCACCUGAGUGCUCGGGGGAAGGACACUGUGGCUGUGGAGAUUUUUGCUAUUUUAGCGUCUGGGGCAGGCCUGAUGUGCUGUUUAUUCUUCCCUAAAUGCUAUAUCAUCCUGCUUCAGCCUGAGAAGAACACAAGGGACCAAAUGAUGGGCAAGCACCAUUUCAAGAAAUGA